AUGGCAAGCUCUCUCGCUACACAGUUGGCGCAAAUUGCCGCCAGCUCUAAGGCAACUCUCAACAUCAAAGCCCAAAAGGCCGCCCACUCCAAGUCUCUCAUCUGGGAGCCCCGUGUCGCCGCUACUCAGAGCUACCAGACACUGUAUACGAUAUGCUAUCCCGGAUUUGAGGAGCUUUGCCAGCUUGAUAAUCGGUUUGCACGAUUCCAGUCGACUAUCUUUGGUGAAGAGAGUCAGAACCAAGACAGAACCCAGCUGUCCGCCAGCGAGAAUGAGGAACUCGAUCGUCAGAUUGAAACCUUCCUACGCUUGGCCGGAAGCAAGUUAAGACUGAUGCCAACAAUCAAGUCAAUCGAGUGGUUAAUACGUCGAUUUCGUAUUCACGAGGAGAAUACGGCCCUUCUUCUGAUGACUUUUCUCCCUUAUCACUCUAUUCCUACAUUUGCAACACUUCUAUCGAUAUUACCAGCCAAGGUUCCACAUGAAUUUCGAUUUCUCGACCCGUACAUCCGGUCUUUGACCCCCCCACCCCGAUCAGUUCUCGUUUAUCAGACAGUUCACCAUCCCGAGUUCCUUUCUUCCGUAUCCGAGUACACGAUUGAGUCAUGCAGAAGACAAUACCAGUAUCCAGCCUUGAUUAUGUUUUGGGGGGGCCUCAUGACCGAAGCUGUCAAUGGAAUGUUGGAUAGGACAAGGUCUGGUCGUGCCUCUGUUCAAAGCCAAAACACUCAAGACCUGUUACACAGGCUAGGCCCAAUUUUUGCCGAGUCUCUCGUCAUGAAGAAGGUUGCUGGCCUACAAAUCGCGUCCUACAUGGCGAUGGCUGUCUUUGUUUCCAAGGGAAAUUUGGAAGAUAACGCGGUGACAGCUUUCAUGCAGCAGACAGUCUACGGUUGGACGAACGAAACGAUUCGACCCGGCCUUGUAUGUCUCGUAAUCAUGGCGCAAUUCAGAUCGGCGAAGCAAAUGAACAGCAAGGUCACCAAGGCGCUGAUGAAGGUUCAAAAUAUUGGCCCCAUGCUGGUCGAGAUUGGCAAGGAACGCAGAGUGGACAAGUUGGCAAAUGGGCUUUGCCUCGCCUUGAUUGAACGAUUUUCUAAGAAGGGGGACUCCCGUGGACUGCCCACCAUCAUGGCCAUACUGGGCAGCCACAUACUAAAGGACAAGCAAAUCGCAGUCAUCUUCAAGUCGCUGCUCUUGGCCGCUCUAAAGCUCGAUGACAAUAACGACGAGGAUGGCGCGCUAAGGCGAGAGCUGGGUUCUGCUUUGAUUGCCCUAUCGCAAACUAUGGGAAAGUCCGGUGAGAUAAUUCAGUCAGUUAUCCAAGAUGUCGAUUUCGAUAUUGAGGAGUUAGAAAUGAAACUGGACCUCUCAUUUAAAGCGAAAAAUCUUCCCGCCUUUGAUGCAAACACAACAACUGAGCAAUUAGACAAAGUCAAGAAGCCCCGGGAUUUGGGCGUCGUUGUCGAUGAGCUAGCUGCUCGAAAAGAGUCACUUCCGCCUUGCCUCUUGCCCGAACCAAACGAAUUAUUCGAAGAGUUUAGCCAUCUUUUCUUCUCAAUCGUAUCUGAGACUUCUCAACAAAUCGAAAUGCUGGUCAAAUUUGAUGGAAUUCCCCAUCUUAGACGAGAAGCGGCCUUAAAGGAUUGCACUUACUUCAGCUUUUUCAUUCGAAUUUGGUGCGGUCCGUAUCCCGCCCUGGCGCGUAUGAGCGCUUUAAAUAUGGUCAAGAACAGGCUCAAGUCUAGUGAUGCAAGCAAGAUGGAUGCGCAAGCCCUCAUUCCGUAUGUAGUUACGGCUCUAAGCGACCCCUCAAAACGUGUUCGACAAGCAGCUGCCGAUGUUAUCGCCGUGGUCACCGACCUGUAUGCCCCCCCCGUCUCAGCCAAGUCAAUGAAAACUUGGGGUUCCGGCUUACUCUACGGAAAGACCAAGGACAAGCAUCCUCUUAUGGUCGACGUGAUCGCUAAGAUGUUACACUUGCAAAUCCUUCCUAGCAUUGAGGAGUGUGUUAUGGACCACGAGCACAUAUCAUCAAUUCUCAAGUCGGCUAUUGAGCAAGGUAAAUACCAGGUUUCUCCUCAACCGGCCUUGGACAAGAAAGAUCAUAUGGGACAAUCGGCCAGACUGGCAGUACUGUCAUUUUUUGCUUCUCACGCCGAAAUGACGCCAUUGAUAGUAGUCAAGAACAGACUUUUGAAUUCUCUGAAUGAGAUCAAGGGUGUUGGAAAUACAUCACGUACACAGGUGUUGCUGCCGUUACUGAAAUGGUGGACAAGUUUGAGUGAAUCAGAAAUACGAAGGCGAUGCACUGCGGAGAAACAAGAUAUUUCCACUCUGGACUCUCGGUUCGUUGAUGUUGUAGUGUCCAAUGACACUGAAGGUCUCGAGUUCCUCUUCAACUUGGUCAAGGAUCCUGUUCAAAGAGAGAAGACGGGCCUCAUGGUCGCCAUUUUUGCUCGUUUGCGGAAGAUGUGGCCGUCCAUGAAGGACCCUGUCAAGUUCAUGGUGGCAGAGCAGCUCUUGGCAAUCUCACAAGAGUCUUCUCCUUCCUCGGAUAAUGAAAGCUCAAUUGUUUCAGUGGAAGCCGCCGAGCUACUUCGGGCAGUUCCCCUUACCACCGACAUUUUGUCCUUCUUCCUAGAUUCUAUCCAGACCGGAACCAAGAUGAUCACGGAGCCGCCACCAAACAAGCGCCGCCGCACAAGCUCUACUGAUACCGGUCGAAGCCUGAUCACCCAAGUCACACCUGAGCUUAGCCAGGCCCUGCGCAAAGUUACGUUUGUCCUGCAGCUUGUCGAUAAGUCGGAUCCGGUCUCGCACCCCGACUUACUGGAUGGCCUCUUCACAGCUCUGUCAGAAUUGCAACACUUGAGAACAGUGGUUGGCUCAGAGCUUGGCUAUCUGCAGAACUUGAUUCUCCGUAGCCUACUAGCCAUGAUGCCCACUUACAAGACCGAUAAGGAGUUGAGAAUUGACAGUUCUGGCGGCUACGGUGAUUUGCUUGUUAACUGCAUCCAGAAGUCGUCCAGUCCUGUAGUUCAAAACGCUGCGCUCCUGUUGGUUGCCAAUCUUGCCACGACAGCUCCUAAUCUUGUUCUUCAUAGUGUCAUGCCCAUCUUCACGUUUAUGGGGGCAUCUGUGCUGCGACAGAGUGACGACUAUUCUGCGCAUGUAGUCUCUCAAACCAUCAAGGAGGUCAUUCCUCCCUUGAUCGAGUCACUUCGUCAAGGAAAAAACGGUCCUGUCGCCGGUGCUUCAGACAUCCUAGUCAGCUUCACAACCGCCUACGAGCACAUCCCAUCUCACAGACGGCAAGGCUUGUUUGUGGCUCUCGUCGAAACUCUGGGACCUCGGGAUUUCCUCUUUGCCCUGAUCAGCAUGCUAGUCGACCGUUAUGACACAAGCGAGGCACUUUUGUCCUUUAUUGUUGAUCUCUUGAACAACUUUGACAUUAAGACGCAGCUGGAAACCUUCAUCAAAGUUGUGGACCUUGUGUCCGACCUGUUCAAGCCCAAACCCUGUAUGUCAUUUGUUCUUCUGGGCAUAACUGAUGAUAGGGACAGAGACAUUGAAAAGGUUGCACUUCGGCAACUUUCGGCACUCCCUAGCUUUCUGGCCAACAAGAAACUACGGUCCCACAUUGGAAAAGCAGCUGAUCGGGAUGACAUGGACACAGCUGAGGUGCGAGAGUUGUAUGCUACCUUACUUGAGAACAUUUUGAUCCUGGCCGACACCGUCAAGGCGAACAAGACUCUUCAUGGACGAUGCGGGUCUACCCUUUCCAACUUGCUCAACUUACUAUCUAUUGGAGAAUUCAUUCAGGCAGUGGAGAACUUGCUGGACCGACCGGAUCUUGGUUUGCGCCAGAAGGUCCUACGUGCCCUCGAAGUUCGGGUUGAGGUGGAAAGCAACACCGAUCCCGCUUCCAGGAAUGCUCUACUAGCAUUUUUGCCGCAGCUCACGGCUGCCAUACGGGAAUCCAGCGACAUUCGGUAUAAGCAUACUGCAGUUACUUGUGUAAACAAGAUUGCAGAAAAGUAUGGCAAGAAGGAUGUCGAGGCCGUCCUCGCAGCGGCUGAAACUAUUGCCGGCGAACACUGCCUAGGCCAAGAGGAGCAGCGUCUCCGUGUCAUGGCUUUGCUGUGCUUGACGUCUCUUGUCGACGUGUUACGGGAUGCCGUCGUUCCAGUCUUGCCUAUUGCCAUCCCAGAGGCCGUCAAGUAUCUUGAGGUCAGCCUAAGGAGUGAAAAUGUUGACCAAGAGCUUCACUCAGCAUGUUACGGCUUCAUGAGCUCUCUCGCGGAGCAUCUCCCGUACAUGCUGUCCACGUAUCUUGACAAGAUCCUUGAGGUGUCCAGCCGAUCAGCUGAAGUUGAAUUGGAUGACGAGACAAACCAGGCCCGCACAAACUGUCUGGAAUUCUUCGCCAAGAGGCUGGAGGCUAAAGAAAUCUUCACUGCCCUGGAGCGCAAUUGGGAAAAGGCCACGGCUGCAGGGUUCUCUGCCGUCAACGAGUCUCUCGCGAUUCUUUCCAUUGCAGUUGACAAGCACAACAAGUCCAGUAUUACAAAGAAUACACCAGUUCUGUCAAGUAUCAUACUCAAGGCUUUUGACCUCCGUCGACAAGUGCACGCCAAAGGCGACAAGAGCGAAGCAGCUCUACGAGAAGUUGCCGACAUGGAAACCAGCUUGAACGAGACGGCUCUCAAGAUGAUUUAUAAACUCAACGAUGCCGCAUUUCGACCAUUGUUUGUGCGAAUCGCGGAAUGGGCAAACUCGGGUCUGCCCAAGAGUGAUGAGACUGGACGAAGUAUCCGACAGUAUAGUGUCUACGGCUUCCUCAACACAUUUUUUGGAAACUUGAAGUCAAUUGUCACAAACUAUUCCACAUACGUGAUUGAUGAUGCUGUCAAGAUUCUCGAAGCUUCGGAUCCCAAGUCGGUUGAGGACAGACAGCUGUGGAGUCGGGUAUUACAGGUUCUUGCCACGUGUUUUGAACAUGAUCAAGAUGACUUUUGGCAAGCUCCGGACCAUUUUGGAGCCAUUGCGCCCGUUUUGAUGGCUCAAUUCCUCCGGGCCGGCUCCGUAGACGCGUCAGAGCGUUUGAUCCCAGCAGUUGUGGAGUUGGCUGCAGCCGCCGACUCACAAGCAAAUCAAAAGGAGAUCAACGCGGCUCUCAUGAAGCACCUCAAAUCAGAGCAGACUGCGGUCCGGCUGGCAGCAGUCAAGUGUCAGCAGGCAUUGACGGAUCGGCUGGGCGAGGAGUGGCUACUGAUGCUGCAUGAGAUGCUGCCCCGCAUCAGCGAGUUGCAAGAAGACGACGACGAGAUUGUGGAGAAGGAGACGCAUCGAUGGAUUGUGAAAAUUGAAGACGUUAUGGGCGAGAGUCUGGAUAGCAUGCUGCAGUAG